CCGCGCUCGAACGCGCAGAUAAGUUCUGUGGGUGGCUUGAUAAGAAUGGCGGAUUUUUCUUCAUUGAAGGCUCUUCUUUCAGGAAGUGUCAUCCUUAAAUCAGAGGAUAAAAAAGCUUUUGAAAAGGAGAUUGAUGGAACGUGGAAUGCUGUUAUUCGAACGCGUCAGCCUUGUGCUUUCGUGAGAGUGGCCUCCGUGAAAGAUGUGGCCAACACUGUUAAGUUUUGUGUACACAACAAGGUACGUUAAGCAGCGGUUCACUGGUAACGCAUUAACUUGAAAUCCUGCUGCGCUCUUAUUAUAACUAAAGAAAAAAGGCAGCUGGAUUUAAUGGGCCAAUUAUAUAUAUCAUUAUGACAUUAUUGUUUUCGUAAUCUACCUAUAUUUAGGUUGCUGACUAUAAAUUAUUGAAAGUACGUAGCACUUCUCUGCAUGAAGGUGGCACAGGUUCUGCCAAAACACGCCUCGUGUUUCUUAUAAAUUAUGUAUUAUGUGACUAGCCUGUUUCUAUAAUACUGAAGAAGAUGUGCAGCUGCUAAACGAUUUUAAUCAAAAUUGUGACCCUCUUCUGUUCCAUACUAACAAAUGUGCAAUGAUUCAUAUUCAUCAACUCAAAAUAAUAUUAUACAGUAACUGCAUACGCUUAACCUACAUCAGGCUGCUGGCAAAGAAGUUUUCCAUGAUGCCUGAUGAGUGUCAAAUUAUUAGGGUGAUACGUCAUCAGGCCCAAAUUAGCCAUGUGAGACGUGAUUGGGCUAGUGGGGUAGUGGGUGAUUUUCCUUUUGGAUUUUCAUGAUUGGUGAAUAUCAUUUGAAAGUACCGUGUGACACAAAAGUUUUGUGGGUUCUAAUUAUUUAGAUUUUUCCAGCAAUCUGCAAAAAGAAGUUCCCACAAAAGACAAUUACUGCAAUUUUUCCUGUAAAAAUUUACACUGUAGAAAACACAGAAUUGAAAUUAACAACAGACAGUCAUGUAAUCAUUUUCAGGUCCUUUUUCUCAUUCCUCAGGCUUGCCUGAUCUACUGUCAAAAUCAUAUUAUGAUCUCUACUCUCAGAUCAGUGAAAUGUUAAUGUAGUUAAUAUUUGAGCAACAUCCGAUUUCAGAAAAUUCUUUUGUACAAUUAAGGUCAGUCAAUUAACCCUUUAAGCCCCAAUAUCCACAUACAAAUUCUGCAAACUGAUAUCGAUGCAUUUCCUUCAAGAAUAAGUUGAGAGAAUUUGAUAAAAGGUCAAGGCAUUUUUCCUUAGGUGAUCAUUUUAUUCAUUCUCAUAACCUAAUCUCUUGACAUUGUAUGGAUAUCGUUAGUAGAAAAUUGAAGUUAGACACUAUUGGGACCAAUCGUACCUGAGAAGGACACCAAAAACAAUUUGCAGGGGCUUUUUCAUUCAAUGGGUUGAGAUAUUGCCUUGUCAACUUACUGCAAUCACACCUCAUUUACAUGUUGUAUGCUGGCAAAUUUUUUUUUCCAUGUGAUGCAUGAUGGCUUAAAAAAGUCAGCGUGAUGUACGAUAGUUACACCCCCCUUUACCACCCUGCUAUGUGUAGGAUGCAAAAACCUAGUUUAGAUACCUAGAUACCUUAGACAGCACACAAGGCUGGUUGGUUUAAAACCAGGACAGGGUUGUUAAAAGCUUGGUUAAGGUACAAUAUAAUCCAUAAUCCAAGGUCUGUGUGAAAUUUGAAUUCAGAUAUAAAAGCUGAAAUAGCAAAUUCAGUUUAAUUGUCUUUGUCUGAAAUUUGUGGAGACGAUGCUCUUAUUAGAAUAGAGAAAAGUGCUUUGGAACAAAAUGAAAAGAAACCUAGAUUAAAAUUUAACCCUAGAUUAACGCUAAUCAGUCUUCGAACAGCUGGACUCAGGGGUUAAGUGAGGGCAUAGCCUGUGAGUGCAGCUGUAUAAUUUUUUGGGUCAUUGCCUAUCUCCUCCUGUAGUUGAGCUUGGAAUUUACCCUGUUUUCCCCAAAGUUAAAAAAUAUUUACAUUCAUUCUGCAGUACAAUCUUUUGCAGCAUUUUGGCAUGUAUAACAGUCAUAAAAAGUGCCUUUUGAGGGGCUAUAUUUCAUGCAAGACUUCAUAUUUUGGGACUGUGCGAAUUUGUGUUUAUUGUUGGGUUGGUAGUCAAUUUUGGGGGUUGUACUGUGAAAAUGGCAGUCUCCAUGUCUGACAUAAUGUAGAUCUCCAGAUGUUGCAGUCUUUUACACAAGUACAAUUUCUACUGCCACUUUCUUUUUGAGGUGAUAUACUAUUUAUCACCAGCAAACUCUUUUUUGUUAAAAAAAACCCCUCCCUUUAUAAAGGUGUAUUAGUUUUGGAGAAGUUCAAUUUUAUUCAUGGUCUCAGUUUUAUUUCCCCUUUGUUGUUUGGUCAACAACUGUUAAUUAAUCAGUUUAAUGGAUGGAAAAAUAAUAUAGUAAAAUUUAAACCAAAGACACAUCUAGAGGAAGGCAUAUCUAGUCGCCAUGGGAGUGAUUGGUAUUAGAGGGAAAAGUGGUAUAAGUACCGUUGUUUGCUCGAAAACAGUCUCUUAUUCCAGUCAAAUAUUUCUAAAGCUCCCUGUUUCCUCAAGUCCUAUGGUGUGUGAAUGGGCAAAGGCCUCCAAGACCAGGUAUAAGACUGUACUUGAUGCAUGUAACUAGGCGUGUUAUUUAGUAGUAAGAAAUAAUGUUUAAAUGAGUGGCAUUGUUUUAACCUUUUUUUCAGCUUGAGAUGUGUGUUUGUGCUGCAAAGAACAGUGACUUUGCAUUGGCCAAUGGUGCUGUGGUGAUAGAUUUGUCAGAUCUGAAUACUGUUACUGUGGAUGUUCAAAGUAAAGUAUGUGUGCAGUUGGAUUUUUUUAAUUAUUGUUACAUAACUUACAUUGUGUAAUAAAUGCAUUUAAUUAUUUUACUCUCAUAUUUUAAUGGAAAAUAAUUUACAGGAUUACCUGUAUUGACAUUAUUAAAAUUGCAUGUACCUAUAUGCAGAAUCAUCAGUCUACCAUGUUGACUGUUAAAUGAUUUAUGUUAGGUAGUUGUUGUUGGAGCAGGUGCCAAGAUGGCUGAUGUUGAUUCAAAAACAGUUCCUCACUCUCUUGUUACACCUCUUGGUAGCUACUCCCAGCUGGGCGUGGUAGGAUUUACUCUGUUGGGUGGGACUGGUCUCUUGACCAGGGCAUUUGGGUGUACUGCAGACAAUGCUGUGGAGUUUGGUAAGUUUAAUCUUAAUUUAGAUUCCUCUCUAGAAUAGAAACAUGAUGAUAACAAAAGAUUCCCCCCACUGCACUGACAGACAAAAUAUUUCCAGAAAAUUUAAGUAAGUGUAAAACUGACGUGUGUUUUGCUUUGGCUACCAAAAUAAGCUCACAUUGAUGUACAUGUAUUGUUUUUAGGAGUACUUGAGACUAUGAAAAUUAAUACUCAUAUACACGAUGUCAUGAAAAUUAAGUAGUAGCCGCUGUUCAGGACAAAAGUCAUUUUUUUUAAUUUACAAAUUCUUAGAGUUGGUUACAACAUCAGGAGAAGUUAUAAAGGCAAGUGAGAAAGAAAAUUCAGACCUGUUCUGGGGGAUGAAAGGCUAUGGCUCUAACUUUGGGUAGGUUUCGAUAAUAUACUUGUACAAAAUGAAGUGAAUUGCGCAUUUUAUGAUAUCUGCAAGGGCAUUGGAACUUCCACUUAAUGACUUACAAGUACUUCUCUGUAAUAGCCCUGGAAUUUUGUGCUGGUCCAAGGCCUAUAAACUUACUAUUAUUGACACACCACGUAACAGCUUUUUCUAUACAGUGGAAAGAAUCUGUGCAUUAUUUCUUUGCUACAUAAAACCAGAAAAUUCACUCUGAAUAACUUAUGUGUCAGUAACAUCUCUUUGAUAAAAAUGCAAUAAGUUUUUCUUUUGCUUCAGUCUAUGAACAUGAUGGUAGAAAAAACUUAAUAACAGUGGAACGUCUAGCACUAUCACCAGCACCCAGUCCCAGUUGUUCAAAAGGUCGAUAACAUUAUCUACUGGAUUAGCCUGCGUAGCUGGCGGUAUUGUGUAGUAGUCGAGUGAGAUUUGGUGGUGGAGCCAUUGUAAUAUAGUCGAGUGAGAUUUGAUGGUGGAGCCGUCACGAGCAGCAAAGCCGCGAGAAAUACCGCCUGCCAGAGAACCAUGAUUUUUCGAAUGUCGCCCACUUUUGUCACCUUAGCUGAUCGCAAUUAAAUCAGCCAGUCAAAGAGAAACCUGCAAUUUGAAACUUCCAAUUAUUUUCACGCGAGACAGUUUAGAAAUAAGCAUUGACAGGCUAAACACGACUCCUAAGCUCGUGAUAAUGUGAAACGUGACCUUGCGAGUUUGCUUGAACAGGCUACGCAGGCUACUACUGGAUAAAUCCCUAUCCACUGCGGGAUAACGCAAUCGGUUUUCCUAAUAUUUAUCCGUAGGAUAGUGAUUUAUCCAGUCGACAGUGCUAUCUAAUGUUUGAACAUCUGGGGCCAGGGGUCCAUUUCUCGAAAGUCCCGGAAACUUUUCGGGCGUGAAAUCAAAUAUUCAAAUCGAAACAUAAAGAAUAAGAGCGCGUGUCCUGGCUAGCAAACUACUCCAUUUUGUUUCAUUAACUGAUAGUCUUGUCAUGUUAGAUGCAAAACUAUUGAAACCUCGAUCUUUAAUGUAAACGGGGACAGCUUACCAGGCCCGUUAAUUAUCAGGACUUUUGAGAAACAGCCCCCACAUUAAUCUCUAUUCCCUGGAUAGCCCAAUAAAUUGCUUUGCCCAAUACUUUUGUAUUGAUUUAUCCAACUUGAAUGAAGCUAUUUAGUCUUUGAACUGCUAGGGCCAGGUCCCAGUUGUUCAAACGGUGGAUAGCACUAUCCACCAGAUAAAUCUUUAUCCACUGGAAAGUGCAAUUGGUUUCCCUAAUAUUUAUCCACUGUAUAGUGAGUUAUCCAGUGGAUAGUGCUAUCCAGCUUUUGAACAACUGGGGCCAGAUCUAUAAAAAAGUCAUGGGAGAACUUUUUUUAAUUGAUCUUUUUACACCCCUAUACAGUAGAGACCUAUGACCCUGACUACUUCUGGGACAUGAAAUUUGGGCUAACAUAAGCACAAUUUCUAUUAACGUGGUCAUAUUAACGAGUUGGAGUGGAGUCAUGGUGUCCAGUUGUUAGCGCCUUGCCAUCUUGAUGUUUCCUUUCACAAGAAAGGAAAGGUGUAUUUUAUUGGGUACUCACGACAUACUGCUGGGAGGUAACCCCGAAAUGGACUAGUAUCCCAUGAAAGGGGCGAUUGGUGGGGAGGUGGCAAUACUCUAAAUGCUUCAUGCUACUGAAAUUGGGGAUUAACUAUGGCCAUGUGGGCUUCAUUGGCUUGUGUGUACCUUUGUUAACAAGGUGGUCUUAUAAACAGGGUAGUACCAGGGAGGGGUCAUUGGAUAACUCCUAACAGUGACCACCAGCCAGCAUGACUGUUGUCUAGUCAUUUCACUCUAAGCAAAUCAUAAACCCCUCAGGACCCAAUAUUAAGUAUUGGACUAAACAUUGGUGCCUGUUGUUUCCCAUUAGAGUAGUGACAUCCAUAACAUUUCAGCUUCAUGAUAUUCCUGACCAUGUCAUUGGAGGGGACCUGUUUUACUCCAUUUCUCAAGCUCCAGGGGCAUUCAAAGGUAUAAGAGACUUCAUUCGUGAAAAGGAAGAUAACAGAAUUUCAGUCUACAUGAUGGUGCAUUUUAAGUCUAGUGGGUAAGAACUUAUUCAUGUUAGUUGUUAGCCAUGCACACCCAUUUAUUGUAUCCCCAUGUACACUUCCUCCUUCUUAUUUCCAGCCCGGGGUGGGGUGGGGGGGUACUGCCAUAUAUGGGCUAUAUAGGUAUGUGCUGCUGUGAAGGGUAUGGUUUUCAAGCAGUUUACUCUAGGAUAGGGUAUAUAAAUCAGAGCAUUUGGGUCUAGAAUAGGGUAUCAUUUUUCAGGAAACUGAUCAGUUGGUUGAAGAUUUUUCUAGACUAGGGAAACAGCCACUCUAGGAUAGGGGGGAUUUGGGGAGUUUACUGUAGUAUACUUUAGCAAAAUUCAGCUGAACUAGCUCUGGUAGGGUUCCAGGGUCCCAGCGACACAUCCCCACCCAGUUAUCCCUAAAGUUCCCCCUGGGAUUUCCAGACACCCCCUCUACGCCUAAUGAUAACAGACACUUCAUUAUCCUGCGGAACCAAUCAAGAUCAAGCUCAACAUCAAGCUCUCUAGAUGAGCCCUUUAGGCUGUAAGAGUAAAUGUUGUAAUAAAUAUUGUUUAUUAAAAAAAACUAAAAGCUAUUAAUUGAUAACAACUGGUGACCAAUUAACCCGUCACCCCUUCCCCUCCCCUGUUAGAAAUCCGAUCUCUGCCCCUAGGAUUAACUAUACUGGAUACAAGUUGAUAGGCAAGGAGAAUAAAAUACUCAGAAUCAAGGAACAGUGCAAGCAGCUGUGAGUAAAUGGGAGGUUUUGCAAGCGUCUUUCCUUGCUUGUCAUUCGCGAUCAAGGCAAAAGCAUUGAGCUUGACCUCCCGCUCUAAAGACAAGUUCUCUUCUUACUGAGCCAGCCCUCACCUCUUCUCUUUCUUUUGCAGACCUCAAGUAAUCUGCCGUUUUCUUUUUAUUGGCCCAGCAAAAGAAGGUGGUGAACUACUAAUGGAGUUGACAGAUCGAACAAAACCCGUUGAUAACAAAGUGAAGCCUGUACUUUUUGAUCAGUUCCAGAAAAGUGCUGAUUGGAUGGUUCCUAGAGGGCGAUUUUACUAUACACCAAUGGGAGCAUUUGCUAAAGGUAUGACUGGAGGAGAUGUUUUCGUCUGUUUAUUUAUUAACUGUUUAAUUUUUGGUACCUUUUGGAGAAUUACAAGCUUUAAGGUGAUUCCCUGGUAAAAGAACCUAUCAUAGAUUGUAGAUGAAACUUGGUACACUGAUGUAACAAGUCAAGAAGAUGAUAAAAAGGUAAUAAAAAGUGGGGGUCACCGUGCUCUUUUUGACGUCACAACGCUGACAAAUACGGCUAUUUUGGACCAUUUGACAAAAACCGCCCGCAGCCCAAAACUAGACAAAAAGGAAAGAUUUUUUCAAUGAUGCAUGUGGUAUCGCACAGAAUUUGACUUUAAUGUAUUGUUUAUCCACUUACGUACCAGAAAAAUGCCUUUUAAUGCCCUUGUUUUUACUUUACGCUCCAAAGUAGAAUUAAAUUGGUCACGCGCUAUUCGACGCGUGAUAGCUCAAUCCGUACAAUUUAGUAAAAUUGUCAAAAAACUGAACAUAGAUUUGUGCCAAUUUUUUUCUCACUGGAAGGAAGCACCGUCUUUAUUAAAAUCAUGAAAUAAAAAAGGAAGGUCACCGUACUCGUUUUUGCGGUAGAGCUGCAGAAAGUGCGCACCAAAUGCAUUUUCCUGAUUUUUGACAGAGGACUGGGGCGAGUUUCAAAGUAGAAUGUAUGCGAGAGGGGGAAGAAAGUAUUAAAAAAUCCGUUUUUACAGAAUUUACAUCGAGAUAUCACAUUUAGGACACAAUGUGAUAAUGAAAGCGUUUAAAUGAAAAUCAAAGUGAAUAAGCACAAAUUAAACAUCCACUAUCGAGGUUCCCCGUCAGGAAGUCGAACUCAGCAACACACGUACUGCUUACGUUAUGCACAUUCCCACCACAUUGAGUCUCACCUCGGCAAGAAAUAACCGCAAGCAAAAAUUGCAAUAGCGUUUCUCUUCGGUCAACUUCAUUUUAAUAAUGUUACUUCACAUGCUCUUUUUAACGGAGGCCAUCUUGUUAUGCGCAGUAAGAGAUGCGCAGUGCAAAACCAGGGAAUCACCUUAAGUGUCAAUGUAUUUAGCACGAAAGUACUAAUCGGGGACACAAUUUUUACGUCUCCUAAGAUUCUGAAUAUUGGUCCGGUCCCGGGAAUCGAACCCGCGAUCUCUCGCUCUGCAGUCAAGCGUUGUACCGACUGAGCUAAUCCUGCUGCGGUAUAGGUUGUAUAACCAACAUAGAAGGUGUUUAAGAAUGUUCUUUUUACACUUCUAAGAAUAUUUAAGUCUUAAAAGACAUUCAAAUGAGGAAUCACUUUCUCAAAAAGACAGAAAAUGUGGGGCACCGCGUUGGAGAUAUCAAGCAACUGCAUGAAAAAUACCCAACGUUUUGAAAAUGUCUUUAUUGUCGAACAUGGACUUGGCGCUGCAGAUGAAUAAUACAUUUCUUUUGUUUUAUUGCCCCAAGCGUCUUAGCCAAGUGUGAAUUUUAGUUUAUCGAAAUUGAUCCUUAUGUAGAAAGGGCCUAUGGUGGGUCAGUAGGCUUAAGGUACCUUCCCCCUGUGGCUCUCGCGAGCACCACAACCAGCACGAGCCAAUCCUGCAUUGCUCGCCCCACUUCCCCUCUCCCCCUCCCCCCUAAAAAAGGCCUUUCUUGCACCCUGAAAAAUCUCAAGCGCUUAGCUAAGAUGCAAACUCGCCAAAAUCAAAAAAUGCUUAAAUUUUCUUGAUGGGUGUUAGAUGGCUUUCCUUGUUAUCUCGUUUCUAAAAUUGACCCUGCAUUGUUAACAAAGCUUCUGACCUUUCUAAACAGAACUUGAUGAUGAGUUAAUUGAUAUGAUCUUCGACGAAGUCAAUAAAGCGCCCGAAUUACGAACAAUAACAUCUAGCAACAUUUAUAUAUCAAGCCUUGGAGGAAAACUAAAUGAAAUGACAGACGAGGACAACCCAUUCGCUUUUAAAGCAGCCGGGUGAGCAGUCAUAUUUCUUAUCCGUGAGUCAUUUCUAAGAAAUACUAAUCACUCUCCUCUUCGCCAAACCCUUUAUACAUUUUGUAGUUUUCGCGUUCACUUCCGAUAACUUUGCGGAAUUUAUUAUUUCGAAUACUCAUGGAUAUAUGAUAAGUUGAUCGUCAGAAUUCUUCGAAUCAUCAGGGGAAGCCUUUGGCUCACGUGUAAUUUCAAGAAACAUGAAUUCAGUAACUGAAGUCACGUGUUCCGUAAUUUUCGUUAUUCUUUAGUCCCUUAGUCUACGUCACAGGCUACCGUGGCAUAAAAACCGUGACAAGACUAAGACGAAUGUGGUGCCAAAAUGGCGGCAAAUUUUGACUUUACAAAAAACGUAAUUCUAAAUUAAUAAAUCACGUUGUGUUCAAAUCGCAAAAUUUCUUCACAGAGAUUCUCGUAGUAAUGUGUACUUUCUAUUAAAAAAAUAUUUUUUUAGGGUUAAUGUUUUAUUCAUUUAUUUUUCUAAACAGAUACUGGAUUGGUCCUGUAGUCGCCACACAGGAUCCAAACUCGUAUGACGUCAUAAAGACAUGGGCCGACAACAUCAAUCAGAAACUGUCCAAAUAUGGAAUCUUCCCACAAGGCCCCGAGGCUGAAAAAGUUAUGCAGAGACUGAAAGAGUUGAAAGUAAAGUACGAUCCUGAAAAUGUCUUCCACCAGAACGUGAAUAUUGAUCCUAAAAAGGAAUAG